AUGGUUCUGACCGGCUUCGGCUGGCUGGCUGGCUUGUGUGUUCGUGACCUCGCGAAGCCCUGCACAGAUGAAACUGCAUGUUACGGCCCGAGCCGCAGCUUCGAGGGUAUACCAUGUCAACUCCAACUCCCCGAUAGUGUUUCGUUCUACCGGGUUCCCCCGCAUCUCGUGGACUCGGAGCUCGAAUAUCGUCUCACAGACACAACCGUGCAGCUUGACCUGGUGUCACGGUUUCGCGAAGAAUUGCCCGUUCCUGCAGCCUGCCUGAUUUUCCCCACAACCGCCACAAAACGACCUCCGGCCCCCAAAACCCAAUAA